AUGACGUCCAUCGGUACCGGCUACGAUCUGUCGAAUUCUGUAUUCUCUCCAGACGGUCGGAAUUUCCAGGUUGAAUACGCAGUCAAAGCCGUCGAGAAUGGAGGAACAGCUAUUGGCAUCAGAUGCAAGGACGGAGUUGUCCUAGCCGUUGAAAAGAUUGUCACAAGUAAGCUUUUGAAGCCAGGCGCGAAUAGAAAAAUUGCGACAGUGGAUCGCCAUGUUGGCAUUGUCUCCGCCGGGCUAGUCCCAGAUGGACGUCACUUCGUUUCUAGAGCUAGAGAUGAAGCCUCUUCCUGGAGGAAUGUAUACAAGGGGCCCAUCCCAGUCUCCGCCUUAGCAAAUCGCUUGGGCAGUUAUGUUCAAGCAUACACACUCUACUCGAGUGUACGACCCUUCGGAGUUACAGCUAUCGUCGGAGGCUGGGAUUCCGAAGCCGAACUGGCUGUUGAUGGUCAAGUCGGAAAUGGACCAGUUUCAGGUUCAGGAGGUAAAGUGGAGGGUGCAAAGACCGGCGGUCCCGGUCUUUAUAUGAUCGAACCAAGUGGGCUGUACUGGGGCUACUACGGUGCCGCUACCGGCAAGGGAAGACAGGCUGCAAAAGCUGAACUCGAGAAGUUGGAUUUGGCUUCCGAAAAUUUGACUCUUCUUGACGCUAUCAAAGAGGCUGCUCGAAUUAUCUAUGUCGCCCACGAAGAUAGCAAGGACAAGGAGUUUGAGUUGGAAAUGUCCUGGAUCAGCUCAUUAGACGGGCCUACGAAGGGAAAGCACGAAGAGGUACCUAGAGAACUUCGCGAAGAGGCCGAGAAAGCAGCGAAGAGAGCUCUGGAGGGAGAGGACGAGGAAGAGGAAGAGACGUCGAAGGAGGAUCCAAGCUCAGGUGAGCGAAUGCAGGAAUAG